AUGCAUUUGCAAAAGAAAGGUGUUACAACAAAUCAAACGAAAGCCAUAUUUCGUUCACAGGUUGGAUUUUUAUGCCCUGUGGAAGAAAUGAAAGCACUGUGGUGGAGUACUUCGACGAUGACGCACUGUUGUUCAUCCAUCCUGGCAACACAUGUCUUCUGUCUUCAUGGUAAAAGUCAUCAUCUUGCGGUAUGGAAUUAUGAAAAGCUUGCUGCGAGCAAUCGAAAUUUGCAUCAAGCUGUUAUGGCCAGAGAAUGCAACUAUGUAAUGCCAGCUGGCGGUGAUCUUUCCACACUUCGAAAUCGUUGUCUUUUUAUCCGAUGUCCUUAG